CAAAAAAUUGUCGGUUAAAAAAAGAAAUUAAAACCUCCAUUAUCUGAUGGUUAGCUUUCUCCAAAUUAAUUAAUUCAUUAUGCCUCUUCCUCUCCCCCACACUCAUCAAUAAUAAUCAAUUCACAUAAAUAAAUAAAAAGAAAUCACUUGCCUUGCUCUUCAAUUUUCCACUAUAAAAACCAGCUGCAUUACAUUCAAGAAAUAUCAAUACACAAAACACACUCAAACAAAUCAAUCAAUCAUGAAUUCCACUUUCAAGCUACCAGUACUGAUCCCAGUUAUAGCUCUUCUGCUCAUGUGCUUUACUGCAACAACAAUAACUGCCACGGCCCGAAUGGUCGACCCGUAUUCGACCAUAGCAGCCCGACUUAAGUUGGAGGAGGUGCGGGGGGCCACGCCCAAAUGUUGGGAGUCUCUGUUAGAGCUACAAUCCUGCACCGCCGAAGUAGUGCUCUUCUUCCUCAACGGCGAAACUUAUCUCGGGCCGGGCUGCUGUCGGGCCAUUAGAGUUAUCCAGCGUGACUGUUGGCCCACUAUGCUAGGCUCACUCGGCUACACUGCUGAAGAAGGCGAUGUUCUCCGUGGAUACUGCGACGCCGCCACCUCCGCCGUGCCUCCUCCGCCGCCGCCGUCACCUCCCAAGGCCCGUUGAGAGCUUUUCUUUCAACCCCUUUUCGCAAUUUGUAUUCAGUAAUAAAAGCUUAUUUUUGCCAAGAUUUGUUUGCCUUUGAUUUGUAUUGUGGAUUAAAAAUAAGCAAAAUCUU